GCAAGGGAGUUCUUUGAACAGCCUAUGGAAGAGAAGAACAAAUACUCAAAAACAGUUGUAGAUUUUGAAGGGUAUGGUGCUGACCCUGUCCCUGAACAAGGCCAGCCUCUCGACUGGUCUGAUCGUUUAUUUCUUGAUGUGUGCCCUCCAGAUCAAAGGAAGCUCCAAUUUUGGCCACAAACCCCAACUUCUUUCAGCGAUGUGCUAAGUGAAUACACAGAGAAGAUGAAAAUAGUAACAGAGCUUACCUCCAAAGCCAUGGCAAAGUCACUGAAUCUGGAAGAAAACUGUUUUCUGAAACAGUUUGGCAAACGAUUGAUCGUGCAAGCGAGGUUUAACUAUUACUCGAAAUGUCGGAGGCCUGAUCUGAUUCUGGGCUUGAAACCUCAUACAGAUGGGUCAGGAUACGCUGUGAUCUUGCAAGAUGAAGUAGGUCUUCAAGUCUUCAGCAAUGAGAAAUGGUACAGUUCCCAAAAUCCCUCACGCUCUCCUCAUUCUCUUGGGUGACCAAAUGGAGAUAAUGACAAAUGGAGUGUUCAAAAGCCCAGUGCAUCGGGUACUGAGUAACUCGGAGAGGGACAGGAUUUCCAUUGUCAUGUUCUACACACCUGAAAAAGGAAAAAAGAUAGGACCAGAAGAUGGAUUGGUCGAUGAAGAAAGACCAAGGCUAUUUAAGAAGGUGAAAGACUACGCAGACACACACUGGGAAUAUAAUCGGAGAGGAAUGAAAGCACUCCAUACAGCACAUGUA